AUGGGGGAGCAACGGGGAGAGGAACAUGAGGCUAUGGGGGAGGAAGAAAAUGGCCCCCUCGUUCUUGCCGUCAGUUCGUCGCUCGAUCUGUGCCAGCCUGCUGCGUCAAAUGUGAUGGAUUCGUUGUGCGACGCCGGUGUUCCUUGUUCUUGCCGUCGUUGCGCUAGAUCUGAUGGUGCGUUCAUCAAUUUGUGGGUUCUCGUUCUUCUCGUCAGUUCGUCGCUUGAUCUGUGCCAGCCUGCUGCGUCUUCAUCCAGGGAUGUACAGGCUGGCCAAUGA